AUGGCUACGCGGGCGCAGCAGGCCGAAAAUGUACAGUUUAAUUUGGGGGCCUUCCGUGAAGCAACGAGCCGUUGGGACAGGGCGUUGCGGCCACGGCACUCUUUCCGUUUCGUUCGUCCGUCUCUUCCUCGGUUGGAGUUCGUUCUUUGUUACGUACCCCGGAGAACCAACUCCAAUUGCGCGCUUUCGUUGGUGUUUGUUGCUUUGGACAUACGUACUCCGUACGUACAACACGAUUUGCGGUGUGCAUGUACGGAGUAUGCAUGCGUUCGUUCGUCUCCCCCCAACAUAACACAACACCCUUCUUCUGCACUUCAAUCUCCUGCUUCAUCUCGCAAAUACAGGACAAAAAAAAAGAACAUUCGCCCGUCGAUUCGCUCCGUGCCUAGAACUACCUUACCACGAGCAACCUGGUUCUGGUCGCGCCGGCCACCCAUCACCCUGUUCUUAUCUGCCGUCCAUUAUUCGCAUCGAAACCACGCUUGGUCCUCCCUCUCCACCCCUGUUCCCGGCAGACGUAGGAGGCGCGCAAAAAACAAGCGGCACCACAUCGGCGAGAUCCUGUAA